AUGGCGAGAGUAGCUGAGGUGUGGGAUUACCGUAGCAUGGUUCCCUUCAAUCCACUUUCAAGGUGCGGCCCGGGCAAUAUGGGGUCAUGCCAUGGGCUGCGUGAAAGAGAUCCUUUGUCCAGGAAAUUCGCCAAGGCAUCUAUCUCCCUUGCCCGCUCAAAAUCCAGGAACAUCGAAUUCUAA